AUGGCAGACACCACCGAAGAGCUCAACGAGCUCUUCGCAGCUGCUGCCCCCCAUGGACUUCCCAAGGACGUCCUGGCCGAACUGCAGUCGCUGUUGCGCAUCCACGCUAUCUCCGCGCAGGAGCUUUUCUACAAAUGGGAAUCCUACUGUUUGAAGAUGGGGCCAGAUGAGCUGAAGCUGGAUCUGGAGACUGUACGAUUAUUCAAGAAAGAUGUUCAGGAUACACUCGAGCGCGAAUCGCGGGGCAGAGCUGGGCGCCAAACAGACAGAAGAACGGCAGUCACGGCGACCCCGCGGGCUGCCAACACCUCCGAUGUUUUCGGAAUGUUAGAUGGACUCACACCGAACGGAUCCCACGGCCGGACGCCGGCGAAGCGCAAGUCGGAUUUCGCGUCGCCGGCGAUGAACAAGAUCGGACGGACGAACCAGAAUGGUUCUCCCAUGAGCACAAACACCGGAGUCAAGACGACGAAUGGCGACGCACUCCCGUAUGUGGCGUCGAUCUCAUUCGGCGAGCGGCAGAACGCCGGCGAGACGCUCGAAACGAUCAAUUCCCACCUCCCCCUCCCCGAAACACCCAUCGCUCCGUACGCCGAAGCGCGGAUCAAGCCGACGGCGAACACGGACCUCAAGAAAUUCGGCUACAAGCCCAUGGCAAUGCGCCUGUCGGAGGCCUCGGAGAUCCUCGACGACCGGAUUGACGAGUUCACCGCACUGUUCCAGAAACAAUACGAAUCCGACGAGAUCACAUUCGGCAGCGCGGCGACGCAGAGUACGAGCGAGAUCGUGGCCGUGGGCCGCAUCGCAUCUGACAGCAUGGAGGGCAAGCUGAACCCGGCGUCGCUCGUGCUUGAGACGUCGCGACGGGCGGGCGCCGGCGUGCGCGUGCCCCUGAAGCUCGACGGCGUCCCCUCGGCCAACUUCUUCCCGGGCCAGAUGGUGGCGCUGCGCGGGAUCAAUGCCUCCGGGAACUACUUCUCCGUGAAAGAGGUGCUGCCCACGCCGCUGCUGCCGCCUGCGGCCUCGUCCGUUGUCAACAUCGAAAGCAUCAACGAGCGACUCGAGGCGGCCGGCGGCUCCUCUCCACUCAACAUCCUCCUCGCGUCGGGACCGUACACCGCCGACGACAAUCUCGCCUUCGAGCCGUUGAAAGAGAUCUGCCGCAAGGCCGCCGAGAGCUACGCCGACGGGCUCAUCCUGAUGGGGCCGUUCCUCGACGUGGAGCACCCACUGCUGGCGUCCGGGGAUUUCGACCUCCCCGAGAUUGCGGGGUUGGACCCCGACACGGCGACGCUGACGACCGUGUUCCGGCACUGCAUCGCGGCGCCGCUGCAGCGGCUGGCGCAGGCGGUGCCCAGCAUCACGAUCGUGCUGGUGCCGUCGGUGCGCGACGCGGUGAGCAAGCACGUCGCGUGGCCGCAGGAGCAGCUGCCCAAGAAGGAGCUGGGGCUGCCGAAGCAGGCGCGCAUGGUGUCGAACCCGGUGACGCUGUCGUUGAACGAGACAGUGAUCGGGCUGUGCUCGCACGACGUGUUGUAUGAGCUGCGGCGCGAGGAGGUGCUGCACGGCAAGCCCAAGGAGGGGAACCUGCUGGGCCGGCUGCCGAAGUACCUGAUCGAGCAGCGACACUUCCACCCGAUGUUCCCGCCGACGGCGCGCGAGAUGCUGCCGCGGCCGGGGACGGAGACCGGGCUGGCGACGGGAGCGAUGCUGGACGUGAGCUACUCGAAGCUGGGGGAGUGGUGGAAUGUGCGGCCGGACGUGUUGAUUGUGCCGAGCAUGCUGCCUCCGUUUGUAAAGGUGGUGGAGAGUGUAACGGUGAUCAACCCAGGGACGCUGUCGAAGCGCCGAGCGGCCGGGACAUACGCACAGCUAGCGAUCCAUCCACGGACGAUCAGCGCGGAGGAGCGAGACCAGAAGCAAGUCAGUCAUAAGCUGUACGAACGGACGCGGGUGGACAUCAACCGGAUCUGA